CUGAGUGCAUCAUCACAGGCCAGCGGAAAACUGGGAAUGGGCAUGCUCCACCCCUCAAUAUCAGGCUCGGCGGAAGGUCAGAGGCCCCCACAGAGGCCCAUGACAUCAGUACAAGCCGUUGGUUACACAUCUCAGGCCAGAAGCAUGACUGGCAGCAGAUUUGACCCUCUCAAUCAGGCGGCGAAAGGGCCAGCGCCGCCUCUGCAGAAGAAGGUGGACAACUCUCCAGAAGAGCAGCACAAGGAGUUGGAAAGGAAAGUUCACCAGCUGCUUGAAGAAAGUUCAUCUGCAAGCUUAGCUGGCGAUUUCAGUCUGGCCUUGGAAAAGGCGAAAGAGGCAGCGAAGAGGGAGAGGGUACUCUGCAAGCAACGCGAGCAGGCAAAUAUGGGUGAUCAAAUAAGCAUCGACCUGACGUAUGCUGUCAGUUUCAAUCUAGCUCAUCAGUACCAUACGAAUGGGCUGUAUACGGAAGCCCUCAACACGUUCUCGCAAAUCGUCAAAAACAAGCAGUUUGGUCAGGCAGGAAGGCUGAGAGUGAACAUGGGCAACAUUUACUACAAGCAAAAGAAGUUUCCGCAAGCGAUCAAGAUGUAUCGGAUGGCACUGGAUCAGAUUCCCAGCAAUGGAAAGGCCACAAGGUACAAGAUCAUGCGGAAUAUCGCAAACUGCUUCAUAAGAAUGGGUCAAUAUCAGGAUGCAGUGCACUCGUUCGAGACGAUUAUGGAAGGAAGUGGGGACCACCAAGCAGGUUACAACCUGGUCAUAUGUUACUUUGCCCUGGGAGAUAAAGAGAAGUUGAAGAAGGCCUUUGUGAAGCUCUUGGCGGUCCCCACUCUUGAGGAAGAUGAAGAGGAUGACCUGGACACUGGAGCAGAAGCAGUAUUGCAGAAUGACGGACUAAAGGAGGAAAUGAAAGUUCGGCAGAAGCAAGCACUCAAGUACAUCUCGGUGGUGGCGCUUCUAAUUGCCCCUAUCAUUGAUAAGGUACCAUGUUGAAAUGAAUCAGCAUAAAAGUA